CUUAGCAAAAUGUAAGGUUAAGCAACUGUCACCAAAGGCAAACUAUUAUUAUGAAGAUUAAAAGCGUUAUAGAAAGUGAAGUUAAAAAUAGUAAAUUUACCCUCGUUUUUAUGAUAAAAAGACCAGUUUUUGUGUUUAUUGAUAAAUAGUUAUAAGCAGUCAAAAUGGCUCUUCGUUGGAGUUCGGAGUUUUUUACCGCAAUGGAGCACCGCGAUUUACAAGCAAAUGCUAUGGCUGUAGACAGUACUGGAACUUAUGUACUUCUUGCUGGGCGUAGAUAUAUUGCAAUCAAAGAUCUUGAUGAUGUUGAUCCAGACAAUGUUCGCAAGUUCCCUAGGCAAAGUAAAUAUGAUGUUGGUGUGGCAGAGUGGAAUCCAACUUCUUAUCAUAAUGAAUUGUGUGUUAUUUCUUGCAAUCAAAGAUUGGAAGUAUUAACUUGGAGAAUGGGUGAACUUAUUCAAACUCAUUCACUAAGGGCACACACUCGAGUAAUUACUGACUUAAAUUGGCAUAGAUUUGACCCAAAUUUACUUGCAUCUUGUUCAGCUGACACUUUCAUACAUAUUUGGGACAUGAGAGAUGCUAGAAGACCAGCUUUGUCUUUGUCAGCAAUUGCCGAGGCUUCUCAAGUACAAUGGAAUAGAAUUUCACCUAAUUUUCUUGCAACAACUCAUGAUGGCGAUGUUAAAUUGUGGGAUCAACGCAAGGGAAGUGCCCCCAUGCAGUAUAUUGCAGCUCAUUUAUCAAAAAUUCAUGGUUUAGAUUGGAGUCCCCACUCUGAAACACAACUAACUACUUCUAGUCAAGACAGUACAGUAAAGUUUUUUGAUGUUUGUAAUGCAAGGCGAGCUGAAUUUGUGCUAACAACAAAUGCACCAGUUUGGAGAGCAAGAUAUACUCCCUUUGGCAAUGGCUUGGUGACUGUAGUUGUACCACAGUUAAGAAGAGGAGAGACAAGUCUACAUUUAUGGAACUAUACAAAUCGCAGCUCGCCAGUUCACACAUUUAUUGGUCAUCGGGACGUUGUUUUAGAAUUUGAAUGGAGAAGACAAAGACCAGGAGACUCUGAUUAUCAGUUGGUGACUUGGUCAAAAGAUCAGACGUUACUCGUGUGGCGCAUAGAACCCUAUUUACAAAAACUCUGUGGUCAUGACCCAGAAGAGGUAAGAGCAGAUGAGCUUGAAAGUGAUGUGAUGGAGACAGCUUCAGAAGCGAGUGCAGUCAUCACGCAGCCUCUUCAACAGGAAUUUUCUCUACUAAACGUGCUUAUAUCUAACUUAGAAGUCAAUAAAAUGGAUUACUUCAAACGUUUUUGCUCUGUUACCGCCACUGCCAAUAAUUGCGUAGUCAAUUUAAAUGUGUCUUUUCCCAAUAUGUACCCCAAUGGUGUCGCCCCUGUCUUUCAAAUUGCCCCUGGAUCAAAAGUGAAAGAAAGCGUCGCAAGUCAACUUUUGCAAACAAUUACGCAAACCGCCCAACAACGUGUCGCGAAAAACCGUACAUGUCUGGAACCAUGCCUUCGACAAUUCGUUGCAGUUUUAGAACAAUUAACCAACGAUCCGUCUGACAGUAAUCGUUCUCAGCAUCGCCCUAUCUUAGAAUCAGCUGAAAUGGUGGGUUCGUUUAAUGACGCUUGCGUUCCCUUUCCGCGGACGUCGGGUGCCAAGUUCGGUUCCGUCGGUACCCUCGUCUGUUUCGGCCAAAGUUUGCGCCACCGUAGAGGAAAUGCGAAAGUCGACGCAACAACACCACGAGCCCUUUCUGCUCUUGGUAGUAACAAGUUUGGUUACAAAAUAAACAACGGCCACAAUUUACCGUCGUAUUUUUUGCACAAACAUCGUCAUAGAUCUAAGUAUCAUCACAAAACUAUAGUGCAAAAAUCGGUAAUAACAGUUUACGAUGUGUCUGGAUUGUUAGCUGAAAGUCGGCAACUUGCAGAGCAGUAUGUUUUAGACGAUAGUGUUAGUCGAAUAUGUAAACUGAAUUCGGAAGCUGCAGCUAGUAUAGAAAGGUGGGACUUAGUACAAGCCUGGACCUUGGCGGAAUUGGCAGUUGCAUCUCAACAGGAGGAGGAGGACAUGCAGUGGUCAAAACAUCCCUUCGGAUAUCAGUUGAUUGAGUCCUUGAUUUCCCAUUAUGCCAAACAGUCCGAUUUACAAAUGGCAGCGAUGUUAAGUUGCUUGUAUGGGAAAGGCCAAGAAGAACUGAAUUCUAAAAAAACUAGCCAAUGUUUGGCCUCUUCACAGCAACUUACAAGGGGGAAAAGGUUAUUAAAGAACAGUUCUCCAUACCACACCAUACCACCUGCCGAUGUAGUAGCCGAAGGUUGGGUGUUUCCCCUAUUGAGGACGGUUCGUUCUAAUUCUUUGGAUAACUUUCCAUUAGAGGAAAAACAUGCACCUGUUCCUCAAAAGUACCAAUGUAGUAAACAGUUUGAGUACUACAAACUAGCUUAUGCUGAAAUGUUACACAGGUGGGGGCUUUUAUACAAUCGUGCGGAAGUAUUGAAGUUUUUGUGUACUCCAGCAGAAGCUCACAAAGGUGUAGAGUUCCUUAUCGAUUGUCAACAUUGUUUGAAACCUGUUAAGAACAAUGCUUGUCCGAAUUGUAAAAAGUUAGCGUUUAACUGUGUUAUUUGUCACAUUUCGGUUAGGGGUUCGUCGAAUUUUUGUUUGGUGUGUGGUCACGGUGGUCACACUCAACAUAUGGAAAGGUGGUUUAGUAGAAAUAAAAUCUGCCCCUCAGGCUGCGGUUGUAACUGCCUUAUCGAAACUGCCGGAAUUUUUAGUUGAUCUGUAAUUGUGGUUGUUAAUAUUUAAAAUUUAAUAAGUUACCGCCUUCAAGGGUCGCAAUUGCGAUCUUUUUAGAUAAAUAUUUUUAACGAGUUUUGUACAGUUGACGAAAAGUAAUAAA